CCUUAGCAAAGAGAGAAAGCAAGGGUGUAAGGCCAUUCGUCUUAUCCAUCGGAUUUCCAACCUACAACAUCUCGAGGGACUUUGGAACACUAGAUCCAUGCAGUUGCGCAUUGCUUCUCACAUCGUCCUUUUGUGCCCGGUACUCGCGUUUAGUCUUAUUGCAAAUAAGACUGCUGUAUCCACAAUGGCGGCACGUGGCACGGUGAUCAACCCGACUGUGUUGCAACAGCGUUUCAAAGACGUCCAGUCCACCUUCCAAGAAAAGGGCGGCAAAUGUGCGAUUAACUACCCGCAAAUCCCUUCCUAUCGAGCGCAUGAGCUGACGGCAGCAGCCCUCGACGACACCGUUCCGGUAGUUGUUCUUUUCUCGACUAUAGACUUGUGCUUUGUCUAUGAAUGCCACCCGAUUUAGGUACAUCUUCACGUUUACGGAGUCUUGUGGCGAUAUAUAUACUAUAGUCUAAGUGGAGGACAUCGUCUAUCAUGAAGUCGGGCCUUUGCCUUGGGUUUUCUAAAGGUUUACUCUCCCCCUGAAACACAGGUUGGAGAAAUUCAGCAGGAGCUGCCUGGUACGGAACACAAUCUCAACGCGUGGUUCGAAUUUGCUGGAUACCCUGAUCCCCUGGCGCUGAGCAAUUUCCAGAAGACAAGCCGCCGUGUCGCCCAGGGACUGAUCAAAAUGAGUUCGGAGAUGACGGAGCCUCACCGUGCCACCCACGAGCGCGCACCCCAAUCCUUAAGACCCUGA